AUGCAUACAGCAGUCACAAUCACAGAGAGCUCGCUAGACUGCGAAACCAACGUGGCCUCGCUGGCCUGGACGGCGGGGAGCGACGUGGUGGAGGUUGUCGUCAAUGCCACGUCCACCCUCGGCCCCGUGACCUGGUGCAGCUCUGCCAAUACCACCUGCCAGCUCACAGGCCUGCAGUGUGGCCACACCUACACAGCGGUCGCCACGGCGAUGGGGGACCAGUGCGGCAGCGCGCCCAGCUCUGGAGUGGAUAUCAUCACAGCUCCAUGUGCCCCUUCUGCGGUCACCUCUCAGUACGACUGCGGCGCCAACAUGGCCGUCGUCUCCUGGGACGACAGCCUGGGUCGGCAGACGUUCGAGACCAGCGUGGAGGGGGGCGACCACACCGACUCCUGCAGUACAUCUCAGACCAACUGCUCCUUCAGCGGCCUGCGGUGCGGCCGCGCCUACAACGUUAGCGUCCGCGCGCUGGCCGCUCACUGCAACAGCAGCCUGAGUCUGGGCAAUGGGUUCGACACAGUCCCCUGUGCGCCCCAGAACGUGAGCGCCUCGUUGGUGUGCGCCAACGACACGGCCCUGGUGACGUGGGACGGCAGUGAGGGCGCGGUGGCCUACAACGCCACCGCCCUGGGGAGGGACGGGGACACCAGGUCCUGCCGCACCGUCGACACCAGCUGCCACCUGCCAGGGAUGCGCUGCGGGCAGACCUACGACAUCACCGUCACCGCCUACUCUGAGACCUGCGGCGGGUUCCACAGCACCGCCUUCGUCUUCACCGCAGGCCCUUGUCCACCGAGUAAUGUGGUGGUGGCUCUAGAGUGUGAUGAUAACAUUGGCCUAGUUUCCUGGCAGCCAGCAUUACUGGCAGAGAGUUACUUGGCCAGCGCAACAGGUGUGGAUGGACACACCCACACCUGUGCCUCCAAUUCCACCAGCUGCUUCUUCACCGACCUACACUGCGGGGAAACUUACUCAGUCACCGUGGUGACCAUUGAGAGGGGCUGUCAGAGUGAGCCUAGUGCAGCACAGGUCCUCAAAUCUGCAAUUUGCCCUCCUGAGAACCUGGAGGGAGUUACUUCCUGCGCGACCAACACCUUCUCGCUCUCAUGGGAUGCCAGCCCCGGGCUGGGCGUGUCCUACAUUCUGUACUCCUGGAAAUGGGGCGGAGACAACACCUCUUACCCUGUGACGGGCACCUCCCACUCUGUCCCAGACCUGCAGUGCGGAGAGCGCUACUCCUUCUGGGUGGCUGCCAGCGACAGCGCCUGCAACAGCAGCCUCAGCGAACCAUUAGAGAUGAGCACCGCUCCUUGCCCACCGACCAUCCAGACGGCCCAGGUGGACUGCGGCUCCAACAGAGGCACCAUAUUCUGGGAGCCGAGCGUGGGCGCGGGCGCGGUGAGCUACGUGAUCGAGGCAGUGGGGGUCCACGGGCACAGGGCCUCCUGCACCUCCAACGGCACCUCCUGCUGGGUGAAGCUGGACUGCGGGCGCCGAUACUCGGCUACCCUCACCUCAUUCACUAGCGACUGCAACAGCACCCUGAACUCCACCCUUGAGUUCGACUCAGCCCCCUGUCUCCCCGAGGAUGUCGUGGCGGAGUUGGACUGCGUGGCCAACGUGCUGGCGGUGCAGUGGCGGGAGAGCCCAGGGUCGGACUCCUACACGGCGCUGGCCAUCGGCAGCGACGGUUACCGCGCCUCCUGCAACAGCACCAGCACGGCCUGCUCCAUCCAAGGCCUGCGCUGCGGCGAGACCUACAACAUCACCGUCACCACCUCCGCAGUCAACUGCAGCGUCAUACAGGGGUCCGACUACCAGGUCCACGCCCUGCCAGCCCCAGAACGCGGAGGUGAGCCUGAACUGCAGCAGUAA